AUGGCGACUGUCAAUCAGAAUAUGUUUGGCGCCACCAUUUCCGAGCAACCUGGAGGCGCCCAGUUAAUGGUGUUGCCUUUGAACCUCAUAGUCGAGAUCGUAUCACAUGUUAACGAUACAGGCGAUCUCGCCCGAUUAUGUCGCACAUGUCGUGUCUUCAAUUAUAUGGCGCUGCCGCAGCUAUAUCGCAAUCUCACCCUCACCUCCUACGACAAAAUCCGCUAUCGCGACGAACAACCAGAAGGAAUCGGGAGUGCGAGUCCCUUUACGAUGGGCCUGAACGCAAUUAUCACGCGAUCCUAUGCGUCCCUGGUUCGGUCAAUGACACUACGGGGAGAAUGGAGGGAGCAUGAGCUGGAGGAACACGCCCGAGUUGGUCGGGUGCCCGACUCCUCGAUGUUACUGAACAUCGCCGCUCGAGCUGCCGUGGACCGCAUGACAAACCUGGAAAGUUUCCACUGGGAAUUGAACACCAAGAUGCUCGACACAGUGUUCCUAGGCUUGACACAGCUGCCCAAGCUCACCUCUCUGACAAUUCGUUUUCCGUCCAGCCGUCACCCGCAGCCCACCUUUGUCAUACCGGGAAUGCCGCAUCUCAAGUGCCUCAAAAUAACGGAUAUCGAUCCGUUGUGUUACCCGGAUGAUAUUGCAACACUGCUAGUGAAGAGCAGGAAGUUGCGCGAAUUGAAAAUGCACUGGUCCCCGCGCAUGCGCAAUGCGCAGGAACCGAGCGUGUCUCUACAUGAUUACUUCCGCAAGCUGAUUUCAACUAAACAGCCGCUGACGGUCAAGAAAAUGACCUUCCAGAACCUCUAUGCGUUCCACACCGAGGACUUCAAUUUUGCUUUUGAUCCUACUACGGUAGAAGAUGUCACUUUCCUCAGUGGCGUUGAGGGCUCCAGUCUGGUCAACACGUUCGUUGAGAGCAGCUGGCCGACUGUCCCACCACACGCCCAGCUUAAAAUCAAAUCCGUUCGCAUGGAUGCGGUCUCAAAACGGAAUUCAGAGUUCAUUGGUAAUUUCCGAGGACUUGAGCGACUGUACUUCGUCAAUGUGACCUCCGAUUCAAGUGACUACCUCAAUUCACCACGACCGAAAGGCUUGGAAUCAUCAGCCCUCACGCCACCAGUCUCCGAACCCCAGGCCCUUGGUGCUGGUAGCGGGACAGCCACCAAUUCGCCCAUCACCUCUGCGUCUCCAAGCGGCCAACUCAAUAUGUCCUCAAGUAUGCGAGACAGCUAUCUUUCCCACAUCACCUUAAAUCACGGGGCCACAUUAAGACAUCUGCUCCUCCCUUCUAAAUGGCCUCUAUCCACAGCUAUGAUCGCCCGUCUCGUCCACAGCUGUCCGAAUCUGGAACAGCUCGCCCUCGCCACAGAAUUUGCGAGCAUGGAUUCGCUCAAUCUUCUGAUCCCCUUCUUGAGGAAACUGAAAGCACUCCGGCUUCUGAUCCCCUCGGUGUCCGGAUCGCGGGGUGUACCGGCAGGCACGACCGUCAAACAUUUGACCGAUCAAGGGAAAGCUUCAUUCGAAGGCAAAAUCAUGCAAGAUGAGAAUUUCAUGAACGCCAAAUCGUUCGCCGAAGUCGUGGAGAUCGACGACGACCUCCUGACAGAAUCGAUGAGCUACGAUCUUGCCAACGAGCAAGUAUACGGAAACGUCCAAGUAAUCGGCAUGGGCUGGAAAGCAUGGGAGCUGCGAGAUUUCUACAAGUCACCUCGGCCAUCUCGUGAAACCCAAUCCCCAGUUGGCCAAGUCCACGAAGUCAUUGAAAGCCCUAUAUACAGCAAUGGUGCACCAAUCUCUGCCCACAGAUCCCCAGAUCUCCAGACAACGCAAAUCCCCUCCUGGCCCAAUGCAUCACCGAGAAUCAGAGGCCCACCGUCAACAUUAGGAAAACGGACCCGGGAUAGCGAAACUCCUUUAGACUCGCCUCGGGCCCAAGAUAAAAAUGAAGACCGGGACGCAACGCCAAGACCCUAUCCCAGCUGGUACGCACAUACCUCGGCUGAUGAGGAUCUCGUCUGGAGAAGACGUAUGCGCCGCGUGGGGUGGGAGACGCUGCAGCAUUGGGAGAUUUGGGGUUUGGAUACGCAGGAUAUUUGA